AUGACUACAUUAAUUUUGGUUACAUUCUUGGUGUGUUCAUGCUUUGCCGAGGAGUAUUACCAGAUUCGUUCGUCUCCAGGUGGUGGAUACCAAGUCAACAAGUUAAACUCUGGUGAUCCAAAUGUCCAAGUGGACUUCCUCGACUUUGGCAACGACUACUUUGACGGUACCCAACUCUCCGACACCGAGACCAUUGUCUACGGUACCCUCGAUAGCAACCACUUCCAGAUCACCGGAGUCCACCGCAUGCUACCCAUCGACCGACCAUCUGACUACAACCGUGAGACCCAUUACCUAUUCUUUGAGGAGGAUGAGGAAGAGGACUACUACUACACCAAGGUCAACAUUGACAGCCCAGCAAUCAAGGUUGGCAGGAUGAACAAUCACUUCCUCAACUAUCCAAUGAUUGAUAGGUCAUGGUUGGAUAACAAGCUGUACCAGACCAGCAAGCCAUUCAAGGCCAUCGCCCGUGCUGAGAUCAGAGAUGGCAGAGUCGAGGUCCGUGCAGUGUUUGUCAGCUUGAUGGAUCCAAUCAGCAGCCCAUGUGCACCGGUACACGAUGAGUGUUAUGAUGGCCGUGUGAUCACCUACUACAGAGACCAUGAGCGUUGUGUGCACUUUGAUCAAUGUGUCUAUCCUGCCGAGAGAUGUUCCAAUCGUGUUCCAAGAUGUUACGAUGGUUACAAGCUGGUCUCCAUUCCAUCAGGUCGUCGUGGAUGUCCACGCUACAUCUGUGAUCCAGAGUUCUUGCCACAGACCAUUUAA